AUGGAUGGCUUGAGCUCACCUGGACCUAAUGGCUUUCCAGCAGCCUUUUAUCAACAAAACUGGGAUGUGGUGGGGAGGCAGGUCAGUGAAUCAGUUAUGUAUGUGCUUAAUUCUAAAGGCAACUUGGAUGUUAUUAAUAAUACUUUCAUUGCUUUAAUCCCAAAAAAGAAUAAUUGUACUAAAGUUUCUGAUUUCAGGCCAAUAUCUAUUUGUAAUGUUUUAUAUAAGAUUAUCUCCAAAGUCAUAGCCAACAGGCUUAAGAAAAUUCUGACUAGCAUCAUUUCUCAGAACCAAUCAGCUUUCAUUCCUGGAAGGCUUAUCUCUGGUAAUGUAAUAGUUACUUUUGAGGCUUUGCAUUCUAUGAAUUGUAAAAUGGCAGGAAGAGAAGGGUAUAUGGCAAUGAAGCUUGACAUGAGCAAAGCAUAUGAUAGGGUUGAGUGGUCUUUUCUAAGAGCUGCCUUAUGUAAAAUGGGGUUUGAUUUUUCUUGGGUAGAGUUGGUGAUGAGAUGUGUGGAAUCAAUGUCCUACUCCAUUUUAGUCAAUGGUGUCCCUCAAAGUGAGUUUAGACCUUCAAGAGGCAUUAGACAAGGUGAUCCAUUACCACCUUAUCUCUUCAUAAUGUGUGCUGAAGCUUUGAGCUCUAUGAUCAGUAAAAGGGUAGAAGAAGGAGUCAUCUCAGGAGUGCCUUUUGCAAGGGGUAGAAUCAGAAUUUCCCACCUGUUUUUUGCUGAUGACAGUUUGUUAUUUUGCAAAGCAAAUGCUUUGGAAUGGGGUAAGCUGCACAAUAUCCUGAAAAUUUAUGAGGAAGCCUCGAGUCAAAGAUUGAAUCUUGAAAAAACUUCAAUACAAUUCAGUAGAAACACAGCUAAGUCAACUCAAGAUUUCAUCCUUAGCAUUGCAGGAGUGAGGUCCUCAAUGGCUUAUGAGAAGUAUCUUGGUUUACCAACUGUUGUUGGCAAAGCAAGAGAGAAAUCAUUCAGAGAUAUUCUGGAUCGAGUCAGAAUGAGGGUUAGCAAUCAAAGGGUUAAAUUUUUAUCUCAAGCAAGAAAGGAAAUAUUCAGCAAGGCUGUUGUGCAAGCCCUCCCAACUUAUAGCAUGUCUGUUUUUAUGCUACCUGCCAAACUCCUUCAAAAUUUAAACAGCAUUAUGCAUAAAUUUUGGUGGGGUCAGCAUGAGGCAAAAAGAAAGAUUCAUUGGGUAGCUUGGAGCAAAAUGGGAAGAUCUAAGGCUGAUGGAGGUAUGGGUUUUCGAGACUUAGAAGGUUUUAACCUUGCACUUCUAGCAAAACAAGGUUUAAGAGCCAAGUACUUCCAAGAGACUUCUUUUGUGAAUGCAAAGUUGGGUCAGAAACCAUCAUAUAUAUGGAGGAUUAUGCUUAAAGCAAGAAACCUGAUUGAUGCAGGCUCUUUUUGGAGAAUUGGGUCUGGUGAUAAGGUCAGAAUUUGGGGAGACAAAUGGCUACCUAAGACCAUACCAUCUGUAGUUAAAAGCCCAAUAUCCCAACUUGAUGGCAAUGCUAAAGUUCAAGAACUGUUAAAGCCAGGGGAAAAGAGAUGGAGUAUGGAGCUUGUGGAACACAUCUUUUGCAAAGAAGAUGUUGAUAUCAUUGCUCAAAUUCCAAUCAGCUCAUCCACUAGUCCUGACCAACUGAUAUGGAAAGGAACCUCUUCAGGUUUUUUCACAGUCAAAAGCGCAUACCAUAUGCACCAGGAGAUGAACCAAGCUCUUAAAGGGCAACCAUCGAGCAAUCAUAAUUUCAAGGAGUCAAAUCUUUUUAAGAGGAAGAUUGUUGCACAUCCAAAGUGCCCAAUUUGCGAGAUAGAGAAAGAGACAAUAGCACAUGCUUUAUGGGAUUGUGAGUCAGCAAGAGAUGUUUGGAGCCAAUGUACCAAGAGCAUUCAGAAAAGGCAUUUCCCACAUAUGGAUUUUUUAGAGAUUUUCGAAGCUAUUGCAGAAGGAAUGAGUUUUGAGUGCAUACAAGAAUUUGUUAUGGUUGCAAAGCAAAUUUGGUGGAGGAGAAAUGAGUUUAUUUUUAACCAAAGGUUUAGACAUCCUAAUCAAGUCGUCUUGGUUGCAAAUCAGAACUUAAGAAUGAUGAAGGACUUGGAAAUGCAGAAAAAUGGCUCCUCAGCUCGUAGUAACAGCAACAUAAUUAUUUGGCAACCACCUCCUAUACUUUUUUAUAAGGUUAAUUGGGAUGCGGCUGUGGACAAAAUUAGAGCUAAAAUUGGUAUUGGUAUAGUAGUCAGAGAUUGUGAAGGAAGAAUAAUAGCAACUAUGAGGAGAAAACAAAGCCUUCUUCCCCUUCAUUCUUUGGCUGAAGCAUAUGGGGCACUAUUAGCAGUGGAUUUUGCACUAGACCUAGGGUUAACAAAGACUAUCUUUGAAAGGGAUUCACUCCAAACAGUCCAAGCUUUGAAGAAAGAGGAGGAUCAACUGUCCAGCUUUGGCAUGUAUGUCUCUGAAACCAAGAUGAAACUUAGAAAUUUUGAUACUUGGAAUGUCACUCAUGUCAAAAGUAAGGGUGGGCAGCGGGGCCCCUCCCCCGCCCCCGCUACCCGCCCCUCUUCCGCUCCGCCUUCGCAUGGCGGGGCGGGCAACCCCGCUCCGCCCAUGCGGGGGCAGGGUCCCCCGCCCCACAUCUAG